CUCAUGCUCGAUCUCCAGCCUCUCUGGCGUCGACUGUCGGAGGUGCAAGACUGCAACACUGCAAUGCAACAUUAACAGAAGCCCCCCUCAUCUUCGCGAUUAUUUCAGCGGGGAGACCUGCUGUUACAUUAUCCUUCUUUCCCGCAACCUUUUAUUAUUAUUAUUAUUAUUAUUUUGCAACAUGCCGAACAUCGUCCUCUUCAGCGGGAGCUCUCACCACGACUUGUCCCAGAAAGUAGCGGAUCGGCUGGGACUGGAUCUGGGUAAAGUGAUCACCAAGAAGUUCAGCAACCAGGAGACAUGCGUGGAGAUCGGGGAGAGUGUCCGCGGCGAGGACGUGUACAUUGUGCAGAGCGGCUGUGGCGAGAUUAACGACAACCUCAUGGAGCUGUUGAUUAUGAUCAACGCCUGCAAAAUCGCCUCGUCAUCCCGCGUCACUGCCGUCAUCCCCUGCUUCCCUUACGCUCGGCAGGACAAGAAGGACAAGAGCCGAGCACCAAUAUCGGCCAAGCUGGUGGCAAACAUGCUGUCUGUGGCGGGCGCUGACCACAUCAUCACCAUGGACCUCCACGCCUCACAAAUCCAGGGCUUUUUUGACAUCGCUGUGGACAAUCUAUACGCAGAGCCGGCUGUCCUGCAGUGGAUACGGGAAAAUAUCCCAGAGUGGAAAAACUGCAUCAUUGUGUCUCCCGAUGCUGGUGGCGCAAAGCGCGUGACCUCCAUCGCCGAUCGACUCAACGUGGACUUUGCCCUCAUCCACAAAGAGAGGAAGAAGGCCAAUGAAGUGGACCGCAUGGUGCUGGUGGGGGACGUCAAGGACCGCGUGGCCAUCCUGGUGGACGACAUGGCCGACACCUGCGGUACCAUCUGCCAUGCCGCCGACAAGUUGAUCGAUGCCGGCGCCGUCAAAGUCUACGCCAUCCUCACGCAUGGCAUCUUCUCGGGCCCCGCCAUCUCGCGUAUCAACAACGCACCGUUUGAGGCGGUGGUGGUGACCAACACCAUCCCGCAGGAGGAGAAGAUGAAGGCUUGCCCAAAAAUACAGGUCAUUGACAUCUCCAUGAUCCUGGCAGAGGCCAUCAGGAGAACCCAUAACGGCGAAUCCGUGUCGUACCUCUUCAGCCACGUCCCUUUGUAAAGACGAGCAGGGGGAGGGGUUCCUUUGCCUGGCCUCCUCUGCCUUUGCCAUCGAAGCUCUCGGCUGCGACCGUAAGCGCCUCCAGGUGGUUUGGGUGAAAAAGGUCUCGCCCGCAGCUUGUCUUUGAAUUUCAGUUUCCAUCCAGGAGGUGCAGUGAGUCAGACCCCACCCACCCACCCCCACUCUUAUUGACCUACCCGUACUUCACUUUAAUUUGGAGCAUUCCACUUCAACUCCUUUACUUAAGAAGAAAUAUUUGGUGAAAUGCACCUUUCCCCAUGGCAUAUUUGUAUCAGUUGUUGCUAAAAGUCAUUUAAGUUCCUCUAGCAACCCACCAAGUGUUUUAAAAUGCUUUUAAAUUGAAAGGUCAUGGAAACGAUCUAGAGAUGGCUUGAAACACAAUUCAAGCCAUGACUGAGGAAUUUUGCACCUACAAUGGGUCUUCUAUUUUUUGUAUUGUAAGUCAAGCAGCAUCUUUUGGCAAUAAAACUUGACAAGAGCAUUCCAAACAUA